GAAGGCUAGAGAAGUUUCUCGGCUCCGAGCUCAGGCAUUUAUUGCAGCUCUCGCCCGGGAGCGGCAGGGAAAGUCGCACAUCAAGUGCCGGGGAGCAAGAGGGGAGAGAUAAGCUUUUCAAUCUCAGGAUAUUCGGGUUUGGUUUUUUGGGGUUUUUUUCCACUCUCCCACCGAGAAGUUUUCUUUUCCUCUCCCUGGUCCCUGGGAUCGCAGCCAGACAGGAAGCGUUUUCUCGCGGCCAGAGAGCUCCCUCCGUCCUUCCUGCGCUCCUCCGGCUCCCAGUGAUUCAGCCCUGAAUUGAUUUUCUCCGUCGUCCUUCACCUGGUGCCAGGGAAGGAGGGGACCGUCCCCGCAGCGCCCACCCGCAGCCCGCGUCCCGCCCGGGGUGGAUGCGUCUCCUCCGGGACGGGCUCCCUGGGGAAGUUUGCAGCCAGGAGCGGCCGCGUAGAGGCUGAGGCUCCGUGGGAGAGCCCCGGGGACGCGCUCGGAACCCUCCGAAGGAAGCCAUGGCCGACAGCCAGAUGCCCUUCUCCUGCCAUUACCCCGGCAGGCGCAGCGUCCGCGACCCUUUCCGGGAGCCCGGCUUGACUUCGCGCCUGCUGGACGAUGAUUUCGGCAUGUCGCCCUUCCCCGGGGACCUGACGGCGGACUGGCCCGACUGGGCUCGGCCCCGGCUCACCACCACCUGGCCGGGUCCCCUGCGCACCGGCAUGGCCCGUGCCUCCACCAUGGCCCCCAGCUACGGCACCCGCUUCGGGGGGUACCCCGAGAGCCGCAGCCCCGUGCCCUUUCCCCGCGAGCCAUGGAAGGUGUGCGUCAACGUGCACAGCUUCAAACCCGAGGAGCUGACGGUCAAAACCAAGGAUGGCUAUGUCGAGGUGUCAGGCAAACACGAGGAGCAGCAGGUGGAAGGAGGGAUCGUCUCCAAGAACUUCACCAAGAAAAUCCAGCUGCCCUACGAGGUGGACCCCAUCACGGUCUUCGCCUCCUUGUCACCGGAGGGGCUGCUGAUCAUCGAGGCGCCCCAGAUCCCCCCCUACCAGCAGUACGGUGAGGGCGGCUGCGGCAGCGAGAUCCCUGUUGAGAGCCAGGAGGCCACCUGUGCCUGACCGGCCACCCGCGUCCCUCCCGCACCCCGGCAUCCCUCCUCCCCUCUCCCCUCUCCCCCCCGGACCCCUGCUCCCGCUCCCCUGCGGCAUGGCGUCCGGACAGCCUCCGGCAAGGGUGAUGGGUGCCGCUCGCAGGGACGGCAGCACCCGCCACCCUGUGGGGGGACCAGCUGAGAGCUGGGGCACGCAUGCCGGGUGCCAGGCCACCGUUCCCGAGAGCUUGUAGCGGGCUGAGGUGCCGGUAGAGAUUUUGUGCCCAUGGGGCCGAGCAGAACGGAUGUCUUCAUUAUGGUUAUUUUUUGCUCUGAAUCGCUCGGAUGGGAUAUUUAUAAUGAUAGCAAAAAAGGGCCCUUUUUUCUCUAAAAUUGACAUGGAAUCCUGUAGCCCUGUGUCUUCUCCUCCUCCAUGGGUUGUUUAUUUUUAAACUACAUCUCUGCAAAGGACACACGUCUGGCGGCGGAGCUUGACGGCACGGCCUCCGUCCUGAGAAACACAAACCGUCCGCGUGUUUUGAACAUUGGUUUUGUUUUGUUUUUUCUUUCUUUUUUUCCAGACAGAAUUUGUGCUUUUACUUGUCAAACCUGAGGAAUAAAACCCAGUCGAUGUU